AUGGCGCUGAAUCAGCAACAGCCGACGCCGCGUGGCCGCGCGCAAUCGUGUGCCCCAGCAGCACGAAUAUUAUUCAUGGAGGAUGCCGACGCUGACCUGGAGGGCUCCCGAUUGAACGACAGCCUCGUGGUGGGGACAUUGUCGCCGCCGUUGAAAGGCCAGCAACAAGCAGCGAACGGCGCAGAGACAUCAUCCGACGAGAACCGCGCUCCGUCGCCAAACCAGACACACUCGUCAUCACGCUCAAGAGCAAAAGCACACUCGUUUUCAUACAAUGCAAGUGGUGCACACGCCUCGUUGACUCGGGCGACCGGAUUGCUCGAACACGCGCCCCGAUUGGAGCGAUUGGACGUCAGCGCGCUUGGCGCCAAGUUGGAAAACCUCAAUCUGCACUUGUCUGAAUCGAGCGCCUUGCCGACACCGGACUCGGCGAGCAUCCAUUUCCUAGGAUUUGCAUUCCCACAGCCAUGCACCGCAACGUUGCCGAACGAGUUUGCCGCGGCCGAACCAACGAGCCGAGCGCGAUUCGAGUCCUCGGAGGUGUCCGAUUUGAGCAGCCAACUUGACAAGACGCUGCUCUUGGCGGACGAUGAUGGCAGCACCGCAAUGGUAACGGGAACGCCACCUCGAGGCUAUGGGGCUGAGAGUGGCCGUGGCGACGAUGAUUUUGACGGCGAUGACAGCGACGACGCGGACACUGAGGCGAGCGAUUUGAACGCAACACUGUUGGCAACCUCCCCGACCGUCAAGCUCAACCUCCGCCCGGGGUUUUCGCGCAGCAAUUCCAGCCUUUCCUCGGCUAGCUCGUCUCAGGUGAGUUCGCCAGUUCCGAAUGCGACUCCGCCGCUGGGAUUCGGCGUUGAGCAAGGCAGCGAGCAAGCGCGGCUGGCAUGGCUGUCAAGUAUUCUGCCCAGUCGUCUAGCAGCGUUUUCUCCCACCCUAGAGCAGACUACUACCACCAGCAGUAGUAGUGCAAAUAUCAAACAACCAGCGACCGCUGCCGGGUCUGGCAGCAACACGCACCCUGCUCCGGGUUCCGCGGCUUCUUCCGUCUCGGGACCAUGUAUUGAUGACUUUGAAGUCAUCAAGCCCAUUAGCCGUGGUGCCUUUGGCAAGGUGUUUCUGUCAGCGCGCUGCAGGCCGGACGCGUCCGAGACCGGAGAGGAUGCAGCAACGCCUCAGAAUUUAUUUGCCAUCAAAGUCAUCAAGAAGGAGGACAUUGUUCGCAAAAACAUGCUGCAGCAGGUGAUUGCCGAGCGCAAUGCCCUGGCGGUGUCCACCAACCAGUUUAUCGUCAAGCUGUUCUACUCGUUCCAGUCACAACACCACGUGUUUCUCGUCAUGGAGUUCCUGGUUGGCGGAGAUUUGUCCUCGUUGCUCCAGGUCGUCGGCUGCAUGGACGAGCGGCCAAUGGUUUUGUUCUACAUGUCCGAAAUCAUGAUUGCGCUCGAGUAUCUGCACUCGAAAGGCAUUGUGCAUCGCGAUUUGAAACCGGACAAUGUUUUGAUUGAUUCGUCCGGGCACAUCAAGCUGAGCGACUUUGGGCUGUCUUCUUUGCCACAAAACAAGCGCAUGCUGAGUGCGACCGAUCUGUUCAACAGCACGCCCCAUCGACCAGUGUCAAUGUUCAGCCGAUCAGCCUCGUCCAUGUCCCAACUCUCCUUUACAGCUUCCAGGACGCCGGGUCAAAUUCGGUCCAUUACGAGCGACUUUUGCUCUCUCAGUCAAAACACGCCAGCAGCCCUGCAGCGCUGUGGCUCAUCGCUCGAAAUGACCAGUUCCGCACGAUUUUUGCAUCGCAUCAAACGGAGCGUUUCGGUGGAUUCGACCUCCGGCUCGAUCUACAAAAUGCACCAGCAGCAAGCGAUGCAGGCAUCUCAAACAUCAACGCCAGGACCCAGCUUGCAUUCUUGGGGGGAAGAAUCAGUUGAGGCUAUGGCCGGCAGCGAGCCCCAGCAGCCUUCCACCAAACGCACGCUGACAAGUGUCAACGAGACGACAGCGCAAUCCGCACCCUCGGCUGCAACCAACCCAUUUGAAUGGCCACCGUCGUACUUUGAAACCUCGCUUGGGAGCUGUGCCCCAACACCACAGAAGGCGACUCUUUCUCAGCAGCCGAACUUUGUCACCAUGACACCGCAGGCUGGUCGUUCAUAUGGCCUUGAAGAAAACUCGUGGGCGCAUAUUCCUGCCACAACAGGACGCAAGCCCAAGGUGGGCUUGGCGAAAGCGCGCACCAACAGGCCCGUACUUGGCACACCAGACUAUCUUGCUCCUGAAAUCAUUCGAGGGCAACAGCACACACUAGCGGUAGACUUUUGGGCUCUCGGCGUGUGCUUGUACGAGUUGCUACUGGGCUGUCCACCAUUCAAUGCGGAUAGCGAGGAGGAGAUUUUCGAUAACAUUUUGAGCCGAGCAAUUCCGUGGCCCGAGGACGAUAGUGCCUUGUCACCCGAGGCCUUUUCGUUGAUCAAUAUGCUACUCAGCGAUGAUCCUUUUGCUCGGUUCAAUGUCCGCCUGAUCAAGAAGCAUGCGUUCUUUGCAGACGUUGACUGGAGCGCCGUUCAUACACAAGAGCCUCCGUUUGUACCGACUCCUGCUGGAAGUACCGACACGAGUUAUUUUGAUGCUCGCAAUUCUGCCCAAAAUCUCCGCUUCUCUGCCUUCGCCAGUGAAUGAGCCAGCAGCAUUCAGUUUGUUGUUUUGGACAAUUCCGUUUUGUUUUCGUUUGGUUAUCGG